AUGGAAGCGUCUGAGCUACGUAAACUCACGACGCCGUCGCCCCAGUUAAAACAUUCCACCAUGUUGUCAAGGUCCAAUUCUCGCUCGAAAGGUAUCAACUUCAAUACUGUCACUCCAAGUCCCCUCAAGACCGUGAACGUUACUCAUACUUCAACAGACACUCAAACGCCUCUGCAGCUGGCCAGAAUUCACAAGAAUGGCUCAGUAGAACGUCACAGAGACAUAAAAGCACAGCAAGGUUUCCAGUAUGACUUUGUUCUCCCACUGGCCGAGCAGCUUAAGGGCCUUGAUGUUGAUGAACAGCUACGACUAUUAGCACUCAAAGAGAUGAGUGUGGUAGAGAUCAAAGACGGCAUUUCCAACUUGAGAACCAAGUUGAACGACACAGAACGCGACUUGCGCCAGCUCCGUGAAGUCAUUCAGCGCUCGCUUUACAAGGAGAUGAACGUAAACGGGCCCCCAAGGACUCAAACACAGAAAACUGCGUACCAGGGAAAAGCACGACGUCGGAACACGCCAGUAAUAGAUAACGGCUCCUCAGAGAUGAAGGAGAACCAACCACCUGACCAACUGUCGAAUAUAUGGUCCAAUUUAUCCAAACCCAUCACAUUCAUCCAGCAAAUAGACACCAUGCUACUGAAUGAGUUUGAGAAGUCGUUGGGCGCUGACCAGCCAUCAGGACACCCGAAAACAAACAAGAAAGACUAUGUAAGGCAGAGGAGGUUAAGUAAGGUCCCUAGAGAUGAAGCAGAUCGCCAUUUAUAUGAUCUGGAUCCAUCUCCUCUCAAAGAUCGUUCAAACUUCACCGGAACUAGCAGCUACUAUCAGCAAUUGCUCCAAUCUUCGGAGAGCUCCGAGGACAUGUUUCAGGCGGUGUCUACAUCUUUAUGGUCGUUUGUUAACGAUAUGAAAACGAACAUGUUGGCUUCGUUGAAUGAACAGACUGAAGAGUCAGAGAAAUCGACACCAAAGUCAACACCGCUCAACCUCAACGAUCCGGUUAAAUCUGACGAGAUAUCCGUGGAUAUGUUGACUUUAAGUGACGAAGAAACGUUCAGCGGAGAGGAAGAAGUUGAUCUAACCAUGUACUCGUCCAUGAGACGAAAUAAGGACAAGAAAUCCUAA